AUGCGUUGGUUGAGUUUUCUAUCUAGAAAAUCUACCGGUAACUUGAACAAUAAUCUUAAGGCACAAGCUUACGAUGAGACUGUGGCCGCCAAUCCUCCAAUCCGCGGCACCUAUCCGGUUUAUGGUAAUGGACCCAGCAUUUUGGAGAAAUUCCAGAUAUCACAUCCACACCUAAGAGAUGGGCAUUUCAAUGAUAAUUCCGCACCGCCUCCUAUAGUUCCUCGUCUGCUCGACCGUCCCAAUACGGCCCCUACUCAGUCACCCGAAGGAUUGUCCCGGCCAAAAUCCCAAGUAGGAACUCCAGUAAAGUCGUUACGAGAACAACCUAAAAAGCGACACGGACCCUAUAAACUUCCAUCGAAGAUACCUACCGAGAGAAAUGAAUCCAUUUAUAGCGUGCCAUCCCCAACUUUCACUCGCGGCCGUAAUUCUUCCAUUUUUAGCGGUGAUUCGGAAUCAACACGUGGAUUCGUCGACUUGCUAGAAGCUCAUUCAUUCAUCAAGCCAUCUGAUUUUUACGGUCGCGUAAAAGCUACCGGCACUAAAGAUUACGAUGAAGACGUUGCGGAUCGUAACAUUAGCGAGAAUGGCUCCAGCCUUAACUCUCCACAAGCCAAGGAGUUCUAUAGAAAGAAUCUAGCUCCAAGUAUUCGGAGCGACGACGCGGAUUUUGACCGGCCGCGUUCGUCUAGGAAAAGACAAUCUGUGGGAUAUGGGUUGCAGACCAAGUCAACCAAUUCUAACUUUCGGACCCCGUCACCUGCGAUGUUGGCUUUGCGUGCAUAUCAAGAUGACCCAAUGAACGAAACAACACUAACCGAAAAGGCUCUUCGUCGAAUGUCCUUGCAUUCGCAUGUCCCCUCUUCAUCAGACCGACCGGGAAGUGCAUCUACGGGGAGAAGAGUCAAGGCCCAAGAUUCUGAAUACUUUCCCGAGUCCCUACGAGAGUUGGCUCGCGCGGCGAUUUGGGAAGAUUUUGAAUAUGAUCCAUCUGUGGAUCUAGGCCUAAGGGGCAAUCCGACGCAAUCAAGCCUAUCUCAGGGAAUAUCUAUUCAUAGGCAGGAUUCUGACAGUGAUAUGUCCUACCAUGCGCGCAGCGAUUUUAACCGGACCCGACUUACUCAAGUAGAUCAAUCUCGGUCUCUCAAUAACUCUCCUCAGCGCAGAACCAUGUCACACAUAUCUUCAACUAGCAUUAAGCCAUCAUUGAAGACAGGGAGCCUAAGGACUCUCCAUUUGCCCUAUCGUGGUGAACUAAUUACCGAGAGUAACUUACCAAGCACGGAAGAGGAUCUAUACAGAAAAAAGAAUCGCGGUUCUCCGAAGCGCCGCCGCGGACCUAUACCCGACUUCGACGGCUCAUUGUAUGAAUUGACAUCGUUGCAACCCCCAGAGCCGAUUAACCCGAAAACAAUAUUCAGUCGCUCUGGUAGUCAAGGAAAUGGAAGUACUGUCUCGGGGUCUGUGAAGAGUCUCAAACGGUUGGAGACUGAAGACGUAAUUCCGGGACGAGGCAGCAGUAUUCGCCGUUGGUCACUAACUUCCGAGACGGGGGGCUCAACAUUAAGCUCGAAUCCGUUCAGGCCUCAAUCUGGCCAUACCACUAAUACUUCAGUGGAUCUCACCCCUCGCGUACCGUUAUCUAAGGCUACUGAGUUAGAUGAAGUAUCUUUUCAACCUAAUGAAAAUCGUGCAGCAAUGAGGAAUUAUAUGGAACUUGAUGCGCCGGAGCCCUCGCAUCAUAAUGUCGACCCUCAAUUAUUGGCAGGAUCUCUUCUCAACUCUAGUCGACGGGAACCUUCGAUGAAUUUCGAUAUCGAUGAGGAUACCUCAUCGGUCGAUUCCUUUGAUGCUCCUAAGCGUUCUGCAGGUGAAUUUGAGAAGGAUCUUCUCUUUCAAGGCUACGGGAUGGAAGGUUCUCAACUACCAGGACUUCCGGCCUCGUUUGACAUAACGGCGAAGUCUAAUAAGCCGAAACGAUCCCAGCCACGACGAAUAUCCUCUACACCCAAGGAUCCGCAUCACCUAGCCACCUUCAGCUCUACAAAGUUUGAGGAUGCACUUCCUUCUACUUUUGGUUCCCAAUACUCGGCUCCGUCCCCGAAGCAUAAGUCCAGAUCUAGGUCAUCUCGCUUACAGGUACCGAAGUUUGAUUAUACUGAUUCUGAAGGCAAUGAUGAUUUGGAACCUGGAAACGACUCUGAGGAAGACUUGAAUUUCGAUAUUCCUUUCAAGCGGCCAAGUGAUUACCGAUACCAUUCCUAUGGUAACAUACGGCAGUACGAAACUACUGCUCAACCGUUCGAGGAUGAUGACUUAGAUUUCCCCGAUAUGACCGUAGUUGCACGGCUUCGAAGGGAGGCCAAGUCAAAACAGCGUGCAAGCAGCGCCUCACUGCGGAAGAUCAAGGGAAAAGGGAAAGCACCCGAUUUCUGCAUUCCUAGGAUCGAGUUUGACGAUCGGUCUAGUUACGCGAAUACCAAGUUAUGA